AUGUCGGGCUUCCAGUCGGCGCCGCAGCGCACUCCGUACAACGUGCUCAACCAGACCUUCCUCAUCGACAAUGCGUACGAGAUCACAAAGGACCUCGGCCAGGGCGCCUACGGCUGCGUAGCCGCCGCAACCCACAGGGGCACGGGCGAGAGCGUCGCCAUCAAAAAGAUCACCAACGUCUUCACCAAAAAGAUCCUCACCAAGCGCGCAUUACGCGAGAUCAAGCUCUUGCGGCACUUCCGCGGCCACAAGAACAUCACCUGCCUCUACGACAUGGACAUCAUCGACCCCGUCGGCUUCAACGAGGUCUACCUCUACGAAGAGCUCAUGGAGGCAGACCUCCACGCCAUCAUCCGCUCCGGCCAGCCCCUCUCCGACGCCCACUUUCAGUCGUUCAUCUACCAGACCCUCUGCGGCCUCAAAUACAUCCACUCGGCCAGCGUGCUGCAUCGCGACCUCAAACCGGGCAACCUGCUCGUCAAUGCCGACUGCGAGCUCAAGAUCUGCGACUUUGGCCUUGCGCGUGGAUUCGAGACCGACCCCGAGCUCGCCAAGCAGGCGGGCGCAGGUGGCUUCAUGACCGAGUACGUCGCCACGCGAUGGUACCGUGCACCCGAGAUCAUGCUCAGCUUCCAGAACUACACCACCGCCAUCGACAUCUGGUCCGUCGGCUGCAUCCUCGCCGAGCUCUUGGGGGGUCGACCCAUCUUCAAGGGUCGCGACUACGUCGACCAGCUCAACCAGAUCCUGCACUACCUCGGCACGCCGAGCGAAGAGACGCUGCGACGCGUGGGCUCGCCGCGCGCGCAGGACUACAUCCGCUCGCUGCCAUACCAGCCACGCAUCCCGUUCCAGCGCCUGUAUCCGCAGGCGAAUCCGCUCGCACUCGACCUGCUCGAGCGCAUGCUCGAGUUCGACCCCGCCAAGCGCAUCUCGUGCGAGGAGGCGUUGCAGCACCCGUACCUUGCCGUGUGGCACGAUCCUGCGGACGAACCCGUGUGCCCGCGCAAGUUCGACUUUGGCUUUGAGGCCGUCGACGAGGUGGAGGGCAUGAAGACGCUUAUUCUUGACGAGGUACGUAGCUUCCGCACCGAGGUGAGGCGGCAGGCGAGGAUGAUGCAGCAGCCCAAGCGACAGGAGUCGUUGCCCAUCCCCACACGCGAGGAUAUCCAGCGCAGCAGCCCCACCGACGCCGACAAUCCAGGUUACGCCCUGCUCGGCGCAAGCACAGGCAUCAUCCACGGCGCAUCCAACUCCGAACAUGCAAGUGGCAUGCUCGACAAUGCGUGCGUCAUGGAGGAUCCUGCCGAAAGCUUUGAGCGCGAACUCACACAGGCAAGAUAG